AUGGCCGUUACAAUGAAGCAGAUGGCUCUCGCAGUCGCAGCCCUUGGCAUUAUCUCUUUUGUUUUCGGCAUUGUCGCCGAAAACAAGAAGCCUGCUGCUGGAACUCCAAUACCCGGAAAAGGUGUUGUGAUUUGCAAGUAUCCAUCUGAUCCUACAGUAGCUUUGGGAUUUCUCUCUGUUGGAUUUCUGGUAGCAACUACCGUGGUGGGUUAUUUAUCUCUCUUUUAUCCAUAUAGAGGAAAAUCCGUUCCCAACUCUGCUUUGUUUCAGAGCACCAGUUUCUCUAUCUUCUUCAACGUUGCUGUGUUUACAGCAGGAUUGGCAGCAGCAUUGAUACUGUGGCCAACACUUCAAGAGCACUUACACUUGAGUCACAAUGUGCAUCACAAUCUUGAGACUCAAUGCCCCACCGCUAAGACUGGUCUCCUUGGUGGCGGUGCUUUUGUCUCUCUCGAUUCAGCCCUCUUCUGGUUAGUUGCACUCAUGCUAGCAGACAAUGCUCGGGAGGACUACUUUGAUGAAACAGAAAAGGAUUUCAAGGGGGGACAUGAUGGUGAGGUGCUUGAAGGUGAUCUUGAUGCACCUGCACAUCUCAAGGGCGCUGCAUAA